AGAAACUUCAACUUUCAUCUGUUCACCUCCAUUCAUCAUCUCGCUUUGACCAUUAUCGACUUCCUCUUUCUUUACGGAACAUACCAAACUCUACUUCACACUACAACAAUAACAGCAGCAGUUUCCCACCUACUGACCUACUUUCCAUAUUCUCUAUAACGUGAUGGAUGAAGUUCCCAAGAGACGGCCACCAAAUACCUCAUUCAAGCAACAGCGCUUGAAGGCAUGGCAACCAAUCCUGACUGCAAAGACUGUCCUUCCCACCUAUUUCAUUAUCGGCAUCUUGUUCGCACCGUUAGGUGGUUUACUUGUGUGGAGGAAUAACCAGGUAUCAGAGCUGUCAUUUGAGUAUACAGCCUGCAAAGAUGCAAUGACAAAGACAGUAGUUCCCGAAUCAACUUUUGUGCACUCUUCAGCAGUUGGACAGUUCGACAAGCCUACAUAUAUGAUUCUGCGAGACCAGAACCAAUCUGUUAGUUCACCUAUUGACAAUUCCGCUGAACCCUACGUCUACACGGUUCAGCGAUGCUCAGUCCAGGUUACCAUUCCAGUAGAUUUGCAACCGCCUGUGAUGCUUUAUUACAAACUCACUAACUUUUAUCAGAAUCAUCGCAAAUAUACCAAGAGCCUCGAUCACAAGCAACUUAGUGGUGAGGCCAGUUCAUUGGAGGAGAUAAGAUCGAGGAAAGGCUGUCCUCCCAGCGAUGAACUGAUCUAUCCAUGCGGCUUUAUCGCCAAUUCAAUGUUCAAUGAUACUAUCAGUGAUCUAUUUCAGGUGGCAAGUGAGGGUCAUGGGGUUAUUUACGCUUUUGAGCACACAGGAAUCGCUUUAGCUGCAGACAAAGGGAAAUAUGGUAAAACCAAGUAUACAGACUUUACCACCGUCCGUCCACCUCCUUAUUGGGCUGGACGUUGGCCAGGCGGAGAAUAUUCCACAAUUUUCCCCCCUCCUGAUCUUUCUACUGACGAGCAUUUUCAAGUCUGGAUGAGGACUUCAGGAUGGCCCACCUUCUUGAAGCCAUAUGGCCGUAACGACAAGGAUAUCCUAAGAGCUGGAGACUAUCAAAUGUCGAUUGAUAUGAACUUUCCUAUUGAGACUUAUGGUGGAAAGAAGUAUAUUGUUAUUUCGACCAUCGGUGCCAUUGGAGGGCGUAACAACUUUUUGGGUAUUAUAUUCAUUGUGACCGCCAUUCUUUGUGCAGGUUUGGGAGUCAUCUUCACUGCAUUCCACAUCAUUAAACCACGUAUCAUUGGCGAUCACUCCAAGAUCUCAUUUGGAGCUGAAGCAACAGUGCAUACACGUUCCGCAAACAGAGCAGAUGAUGUGGGCGGCAACCGCAUACGGUCUCGUUAUGAAGACGAUUAAAGAUCCCUGAAAACAGAUAGAAGGAGUUGAAGAUCCAAUAUCAUAGUACUUUGACAUUUAUCU